AUGACAUCUUCGGCUUACUUGUGCACGACUGACCUGAAGCCACUUCCAUCGCUCGACUCGACUACGCAGGCCUCUCAAUUCACUUUUCACUUGUCCACAUUUUUACAAAAAUACUUCGGAGUCUCUAGUCGGAAAGGACUACAACCAUUGGCUAUGAUACUGGCUUAUUAUUUGUGGACGGUGGUGUUACUUACUAUUUCCUAUGAAGUUUCUGCUAUUCAACAGAGUGGUCACGUGAAAGUUACAUAUGAUGUUUUUCCCGGUAUUAUUGACCCCGUUUCUCCCGAAACCAUUGGAGUCAUCUAUCUCUUGCCUUCGAAUCGGUACUGCAGGUCGGACGAAGAGUGCUCUAUGUUUCCAGGAGCUCGCUGCAUCGGAAAAUAUUGCAUGCAGCUUGGUAGCCGAUGUGAUAGCGAUCAAGAUUGUCCUGUUCGAAACCAGGUAUAUUGCGUAGAGUCGCGCUGUGUGCAGCUAGGACAAUCAUGUAGAGAUAAUGAGGACUGCCCAUACCACCUCGAGGGUGUGUACUGCCUCGAAUCACUGUGCGUAAAAUCAGUGCAAUGCUCCACAGACAACGAUUGUCUUAGAUAUCCAGAUACAGAAUGUCUUGGCUACAAGUGCGUGAAGGUGACUCGAUCAUGUCGACAGCAUUCUGACUGCUACUACCGGGAACAUACAUUUUGCAUACACUAUAGAUGCAGGUGGUUGUAUCACACUUGUGCUGCCGACGAGGACUGCCCGUACAGAGAUCUCACGAAAUGUCAUAAUUCGCGGUGCCAACUUCGAUCAGAUCAUGACAUGAACAUGGGACUAGGAAAUAAAGAAUCCUGCACGAGAGAUAACGAUUGUCCUUCACAUCUUCGCUGCUUAAAUUCGGAAUGUGUCAAAACUUGCAAAAGCGAUGCCGAUUGUGGUGACGAUUCUCAAACAUACUGCAUAAGAUCAAUUUGCCUAAAGUUGGAACACUUAUGCCGUACUGAUUCCGACUGCGACUUCCUUCCAUCUUCGUACUGCAUCGGGGGCAGUUGUGUUAAACAUGUACGGGCGUGCAGUGUGGAUGCAGAUUGUCCUGGUAAAAAUACGAGAUGUGUAAAUCGAAAGUGUGUGAACAAGGACCAAUUUAGCUCUCAGAUAAUCUUCAACAUUACCAGGAUCACCCCUAACCAAGUUUUUCCUGGAAGGCGUUGCUCUGUGGAUGAAGAUUGCUCUCCUUCUCGUGAAAUAAAAUGCGUGGAAGGUUUCUGUGUGACAGAAGGUGAACCCUGCUCAAGAGACAAUGAUUGCUCUGGUUACCCUUUAUCACAAUGCGUGCAUUCUCGAUGUAUGACGAUACAGCAGAUGUGCAGCGUCGAUGAAGAAUGCCCAUUUUAUCCAGAAACGAAGUGCAUCAAUUCUCAAUGCAUGAAACUUCAGAAAGAAUGUCGUACAAAUGCGGAUUGCCCUCUGAAUCCAUAUACUGAUUGUAAGAACUUCAGAUGUGUCACACGCAAAUGUACAAAUGAUCUCGAUUGUCCUUCUCAUAUGGAAUGCAUUCGGAACACGUGCAGAGAAUCAUCUCAUUCUUGCCAAUCCGAUAAUGAUUGUCCGCUUAAGGGAUCCUACUGUAUCAACUCUCGCUGCAUCAAGUUAUCACAAUCUUGCGUGGUAAGCAAGGAUUGCCCAUAUUUUCCCGAAACGAUAUGCCUCGAAUCGAGAUGUGUCAAAGCUAUUGCGUGCAAGAACGACGUCGAUUGUAGCGACUACACGGGAUCAUUUUGCAUUCGCUCGCAGUGUCAGAAGCUCGGACAAUGUCGCAUUGAUUCAGACUGCCCUCUCGAUCCAAUGAUUUACUGUAUCGAGAACCAAUGCAUCAAAACAGGACAAUCAUGUAGAAUUGACUCAGAUUGCCCUCAUAAUCCGGAAACUGUUUGUCUGCGAUCAAAAUGCGUUAGAGUGGGACAACCUUGCCAUGAGGACUCAAUGUGCCCGGAUUAUCCACUUACAUACUGCAUAAAAUCUAAAUGUAUCAAGAUCCCCGCAUGCAGAAUCGACAAAGAUUGCAGAGAUUAUCCAGAAACAUCUUGCAUCGACUCUCAAUGCCAAAAAAUCGGUCAAUACUGUCGAGUCGAUGCUGACUGCCCGUUUACACCACACGUCAGGUGUGUCAACCACGUUUGCUCAAAAGGAUGCACAUCCGAUAGCGACUGUACCUACCCAAACACUAGGUGCAUAAACUCGAAGUGUUCAGCAGGCAGACAAAGCUGCAUAAGAGACAAUGACUGUGCAAAAUAUCCAGAUGAGUUUUGCUUGAAUAGUGAGUGCGUACAGCUUGGACAGUCUUGUACUGAAGACACAGAAUGCCCUUCCUAUCCGCAGACGGUUUGCAUCGAUUCACGGUGCGUCAGAGCUGAACAGGGCUGUGUAGUCGAUCGUGACUGUAGAUAUUUUCCGAUGAUGGUUUGCUUGAAGUCGAAAUGUGUGAAAGUUAAUCAAAAAUGUUAUAAAGACGAGGAUUGUCCUUACAGACCUGAUACAAUUUGUAUCAAAUCAGUUUGUGUUAGAGAAGGUCAAUACUGCGAUAGGGAUAGCGAAUGUCCAUCAUCGAUGGUAUGUUUGAAUAAAGGCUGUUAUCGAAUCGGAGGAAAAUGCACGAUGGAUCGCGACUGUCCACAUUUUCCACACACAACUUGUAUAAAUGGAAAAUGCAUAAAGGUAGGACAGGAAUGUCGAAAUGAUGACGACUGUCCAUUUAGGCCGGACUUGAUUUGCAUCAGAUCUCGUUGUGAAGCAGCAGGCCAAAGUUGCACUUCCGAUAGUGAUUGUACCUAUCCGAACACUAGGUGCAUCAACCACGUUUGCUCAAAGGGAUGCACUUCCGAUAGUGACUGUACCUACCCGAACACUAGGUGCGUAAACUCGGAGUGCAUAGACUCUUCACUUCCUCACACUCCAUCAGUAGAUUCAAAUGGUUGUGUGGUCGACACAUCUGUUACUAUGCCUGGAAAGUGUGAUGGUGGUCGGGGGAUGAAUGAUAAUGCUAGAAAUCAGGUGACUUCGAUUCACAACAACUACAGAAGUCAGCUGGCAAAAGGAGAAGUUAGAAAUGGGAUGCGUAAUGGUAAAUUCAAAGUAGGAACUCUGUACCAACUGACAUACGAUUGCAAACUGGAAAAAGAUGCAUACGCAGAAGCAAUAUUAUGCCCAGAUGAUGACCGUAUAAAAGCUGAAAGACGAUACUCACUUGAUGUGAACCUGCUUGGUUUCCAUGACGAUUGCCGAAACAUUGCGGACUAUGUGCUAAUGGCAACAAAGAAGUGGUGGGACGAACAUAGAUAUGGGGAAAUAAACAAUCAAGUCGUUUAUCAUAAAUAUCUUCACAAUAAGCGGGAUGGAAUUUUCGCAUGGAUAAAUAUGGCAUGGGGUCAAUCAAAAAGGAUUGGAUGUGCAAUCGCCACUUGUCCAAAUAAGAGAAGAGUUAUUGCGUGUAAAUAUUCUCCCCCAGGGCGAAUCAUUGACCAGAAGAUCUAUCAAACAGUGAAUUCAUGUUUUGGAUGUGGUGCACAUUGCAUUGAUGAUCUAUGCCCCUCAACAACCUGA